GGAAUAAAUUGUUUUUAUAAAAUUCACUAAUUGCUCAGUUAAAAUUUAAAAUUCUAUUUUUUUUAAGCAUAAUAAUGAUUUCACGCGUCACACAUAAUGUUUUGAAUGUAGCCCGUGCAGUGGAAAAAAAUUUCUUUCAAAUGCUUGGUUAUCCACCUCGAGAACUAGCCCUGGCGUAUGUGCACGAAAAGCCAGCCACCAAGACUCAGAAGAAAUUUACGAUAAAAGAUAUAGUUGGCGACGGUUUACUGCUAGCUGUACCAAAAUUUAGGAGAACAUUAGAAAGAAGAUGGAAAAGAAAGUAUGGUUUCCCAGAAUAUGUUUGGAAAAUGCUAGUUCCAAAAAAUAAUAUCAAAGUUUGCAGCGACUGUGGCCACUAUCAUGAAAGUGGACGCUUGUGCGGCCAUUGCUAUAAAAAGGUGGAAGCGGAAACAAAAGAAAUCCAAGCUAAAAUACAAGAACAGCAGGGAAAUAAGCCAAUUGAAAAUGAUGUCAUUGUACUGUACGAAGGAGAUAACCUUCCAGAAAAACCACAAGAAUUCUGGAAAGGCAAAAGAAUAAUUGAAAUGAAGAAGGAAAGACCAAAGUGGUUUAGCAAGAAUCUUCUGGAGAAAACCACACAACAGCCUUCCUCAUCCACAGAUGUAAAACCAACAGACUUAGCUUAAAAAUAAGAACAAAAUAAUAAUAAUUUAGAUUUUAAAUAAACAGUAUAGUAAUA